AUGGAUGCUCUUGGGAGAGAGAUAGAGGCGCUAAAGCCACAAGUGAGGAACAUGUUCAUGUCUUCCAAAGGCAUUAAGAAGAAAAUUCUUUUUACCUAUUUGCUUUUGACACUUGGUCUCGCGUAUCAUUUCGAGGAUGAAAUCGUGAAAACUCUAAAAGAUGGUUUCCAAAAGAUAGAGGAGAUGAUGGCAGGUGAAGAAGAUUUGUACACGGUUUCCGUCAUCUUCUAUGUUUUCAGGACAUAUGGUCACAACAUUUCUUCUGAUGUUUUUGGGAGAUUCAAAGGAGACAAUGGGGAAUUUAAAGAAUGUCUUACAAGAGAUGCUAAGGGUAUCCUAAGCUUGUAUGAAGCUUCCCACAUGGGGACGACUACAGAUUAUAUAUUGGAUGAAGCCUUGACCUUCACAAUAAGUAACUUGGAGUCGUUAAGUUGUACAUGCAAACCUAAUCUCUCAAUGCUUAUAAGGAACUCUUUGGAUUUACCACAGCAUAAAAACAUGGAGAUAUUGGUGGCAAAGGAAUAUAUCCGGUUCUACGAAAAAGAAGAAGAUUGCGACAGGACGCUACUCAAGUUUUCCAAGCUUAACUUCAAAUACCUCCAGUUUCUUUACCUUCAAGAACUCAAAAUGCUUUCAAAAUGGUACAAGGAACAAGACUUUGAAUCUAAGUUUCCACCUUACUACAGAGACCUACUCGUGGAAACGAACUUCCAUACGCUAACACACAUGGAGCCGAAACAUUCACGACUGAGAAUUUUUGUGACUAAACUUUACAUAAUGGAAGUAAUACUAGAUGAUACUUGUGACAGAUAUGCUUCUCUAAAUUAUUUGAAAUCAUUAGUUAAAUUCAUAUUUGGUACAUUCGAAGAAUUUGAAAGAGAACUUGAGUCAGAAUCAGGAGGGCUUUACGGUUUGGAAGCUACAAUUGAAAAAUUCAAGAGAUUAAUGAGAAGUAACCUUCAACUUGCCAAAUGGGCAAGUGCGGACCACUUGCCUAGCUUUGAGGAGUACCUAGAUGUUGCUGGAGUCGAGACUGCUAUAGAAUUUACCGUGGCAGGUAUUUUGAUGGCAAUGGAGAAUAUCUGCAAGGCAGAGGCUUAUGAGUGGUUGAAAACUAGAGACAAACUCGUUAGAGCACUGGCUACAAAAACGCGACUACCUAAUGAUAUGUUUGGCUAUAAGGAUGACAUGAGCAGAGGAUAUUUAACUGGUUCGGUCAACUGUUAUAAGAAGCAGUAUGGAGUUACCGAAGAAGAAGCAUAUAGAAAGCUUCGUCAAUUGAUUGCAGAAGGUGAUAAGAUGAUGAAUGAGGAAAUUUUGAAGCCAAUCAAUGUGCCACGCCAGGUUCUAAAGGCAGCCAUGAUAGACACUUUACGUGAAUUAAAUGUUGCCUACAGUAAAGACGAUGGAUUUACCCGUCCCGAUGGACAUUUCAAGAACCUUAUAACGUCUAUUUACGUUGAUCUUUGA